UGUUUGUACCCAACAGAUAGAGACAGGAAGUCACACACACACACAGCGUUAAGGUUCUAUGUAGUUUAACUUUACUAUCUAUAUUGUGCAGGCUGUUACACACACACACACACACACACACACACACACACAUAUUGGCUGUGAUGGCCAAGAAGCUUCUUUCUGCUGUAAAUGUUUUCUGGAUGUUUAAAUAUGUUAUGUUGAGAUGAAGAAAUACAUAUUUAAAGAGAUUGUAGAGCUCGUGAGCUGUGUUUAUGCUAAUCAGCACACACCGACCAAUCAGACGGCUCGUUUUAAGACGGCCGUUGCGUAACGAUUGAACGUUCACACACACACGCACACGCACGCACACACACACACACACACACACACACACACACACACAUUAACACACGAUGCAGAGCAGCUGAGCUCUGCAACUCUUUCACUCAGGAGUUCUCUCUAGAGAUGGUGGCUGCUGAGUCAUGUCUCGUAGGAGUUCUCGCCUGAUGUCCGGCGGCUACUACAACUCAGACGACGAAUCAGAUUCGAGUACCGUGACGAACAUCUCGUACCGCGAAAACACGGUCAAGGUCUUCAAGAAGAAGACGGGGACCCGCAAGAAGACCUCCUCCCGCACCCCCAUCGGAGCCGUCAGCGAUGCCCGGUCCUUCGCCCCCGCAGUCCAGUACGAGGGCCUGAGUCCGUCUCCGCUGAGCAGCCCGCCCAUGAGGACAGUGCCCUACGGCUCCUUCACGGCGACCCCUCGGCCCCCCCUGACCCUGCAGAGGCCGGCCCGCCCCCCCCCCGGUCCCUCAGAGACGAGCCCCCGGCCCGAACGCAAGGAGCUGAGUCAGAGCGCCGUGGACAGCUCGGGGUACUCGUCCUCCGAGGGGCCUCGCAGGACGACCCCCGCUACCAGUAGGGCUCCCAGUACCGGAUACUGGGACAGAAUCAGCUGGGCCUUCUAUAGUCUACUGGGCUCCGCCUCUCAGACGGCCACUGCAUUAAAGGCACAGUUCGCCCUUUUGACCGCUCCAGCCGCUCGUCUUCGUCUUCCUCCUGCAGUGACGACGGCCUGCUCGCUGCUCCUCCUCCUCGCCGCUCUGCUGUGUGUUUGGCUCCUCCUCCCUUCCUUGACCUCCCUCGUCUCCCUGGUGGCCGAGAGUCAACCGGCCGCCUCUCCUCCUCUUCCUCCUCCUCUUCAUCCCGUGGUGGAUCCCGCUGUGGAGGAGAUGACUCGCCAUCUGUUGGUUCCUACCGUUGACGCCGCCGUGGAAGCCAAGCUGCGGCGUGUUUUGGAGGAGCAGCUGAAGCAGCAGCACCUGCUGUCCCAGGUGAAGGAGCAGCUCCAGCUGGACCUGCAGGACAUGAAGGUCCAGCUCGCGGCCGCGGACUCUGGCGAGCGUCUGCGUCUGCAGCUGGAGCUGAGGGGGCAGGCGGAGGCCCACCGGUCCGCUGCUGCCGGUCUCGGCCUCAGGAUCCAGGCUCUGGAGGCCCAGAAUGCAAAGCUGUCCCAGGAGUGGUCGUCCAUCCAGCUGAUGCCCCCCCCUGCCCCCUGUCCCGAGACCACCAGAGACCACCUGACCCCGGAGCUCCAGCAGGCCAUGGAGAAGUGGCUCACGGACCGCAUCCAGGAAGAGGCCUUCAGGCUCGCUGAUGGAGGAAGCUGCUCCGCCUGCCGGCGGCCGGAAGCCGACAAGAUGGCCGACUUUGCUCUGGAGUCUCAAGGUGCCAGUGUGGUGAGCACCAGGUGUUCAGAGACGUACCGUAUACGCUCUGCGUGUGUCACCCUGUUCGGCUUCCCUCUCUGGUACCCUACUGAGAGCCCUCGGACGGUCAUUCAGGGUUACCCAGUGCCGCUGCCGGGGAAGUGCUGGGCGUUUCACGGCGUCCAGGGCACCAUGGUGAUCUCGCUGUCUCACCCCAUCACGCUCACCCACGUGACGCUGGACCACCUGCCGCGCUAUAACUCCCCCACUGGCUCCAUAGACUCCGCCCCCAAGGACUUUGAAGUCUACGGAAUGAAGGCCGAGGGGGACGAGGGAACCCUUUUGGGCUCAUUCACAUACAACAAAGAGGGGGAACCGACGCAGACCUUCAGGCUCCCUAGCCCCGGUGACGACGUGCACCGCUAUGUGGAGCUGCGAGUGCUCAGCAACUGGGGCCAGGUGGAGUACACGUGUCUCUACCGGUUCAGAGUCCACGGUGAGAUCGCCGCCACGCCGUGAAGGUUUACAUUAAACUUGGAGGUCCGAGGACUCGUGCUGACUGUUAUCGCUUCAUGUGAAAGUGUUUUUUUACGGCUUCAUUUAAAGGGAUAGGAGCACCAGAAACCAGUGAGUUCACCUCUCAGGAGCUGCUGGUUUCACUGGUUUCACUGGUUUUACUGGUUUUACUGGUUCGUCUGUUAGUUUGUGGUUCAGACUCACUAAAAACAAACAAUAACACAAACUGGUCAGGAACUUUUUUAAUCUGUCACAACAUUUGAGUAAAGAGUGCCUUGGACCGACAAAUAUACAUAAACACGUCCACAGCAGUACUUUGUACAUCAGUAACACACACACACACACACACACACACACACACACACACACACACACACACACUAUUCCUUUAAUUAAACAUCAGGGGAAAACAAUCAAAGUAAAAACAUCCCUUUGAUGUUAAAGUUUAAAAUAAGUGUACAGAAUGAAUGUUAAGAUAUGAGUUUAACCCUUCGUGGUGGUUUAAUAAUUCAACCCGACCAAUGAAACGUGGCUUCUUUAUUCCAGGGAGAUGUUUUUAAAUGACCUUCACUGACCUCCAGAGGAGAUAUUCAUGUGUCUCACAUCCUCAGUUUAAUAUUUAAUAAUCAUAUAUUUGGUUGUUGCUGAAGUGUUUUUAAUGCGUUUGAUUUAAUUUGAUUUAAUAAUACUCCGAAAGAUCAAAUAUGCAGCGUUUUAACGUUUAUUUUGUCUCCCGUUAAAGUUUAGUUUUUAUUUCUUGAACGCUCUUUGUUGACGUUCUUCUUCCUCAAAGUGUUAUUUAUUCACAAAGUGAGAAUAUUCAUAAUCGUAGAAGUCGUUUUCAUGAAUCCUGUUUGUUGUGCAAAAGGUCAGAAACGGGUUUUUAUGAGAAACCUUUUAUUUAAAUGCACAAAACGGAGUCAAAUAUCAGGAAUUAUUUAUUAGAGAUUUCUAGAGAUAUCGUUUUUUGUUUUUUUUUGCAGGUUAAAUUAAUUUCUAAUCUUUGUAUUUAAUACGAGGAGUUCGGUACUGUUGUUGGAUUAUGAUUCUGCGCUUUCAGAUCUUUAGCAUUUUUAAGCACUUCAAUGCCAGAGGUUGAAAUUUAAAUAAUGGACUUCAAAUCCGUGUUUGAAUGCUCGGCACAAUGUAUAAGAGGCUUUAAUAUUUGAUGAACAAUGCAAGUUCACUCAUAUUCAAUCACUUACUCACUUCAAAAGGUUCAGAGUAUUGAUUACCGCUGCCAAACGGAUGUCUGAUUUAAUAAACAUGAAUUGAAAAUA